AUGACCCCAGGGGCCCUGAAGAAGGAUGCCUCUUUCGUGGCCCGACGGGCAUCCGCGUUUAUCAAUAUCCACCGAGGCGCCUCCGAUCACACUCUGCACGGCCAAGAAGAGGAGGCCCGGCUGGGCAGUGGAGAGUCAGUGGCCUUGACUCGAAGCUUGCCAGAUUGGCCAGUCUUGGCCCGGCGGGGAAUGGCUUUUCAGGUGGAAGUCAACGUGCAACAACAGUAA